CAAAUUUUCCCCAGUCCAGCCCAGGCCCCUGCAACUCCGUGCCAUCUGAGCACCGGAAACGCACGUUGUUCACUGCAGUGUUGUCCCCAGGGGUUAUGGGUGCUUCCACCCGAAGUGAGAAAGCCACUAGGAAGCCACCACUAGGACACCAUAGAGGCUCACUCCAUGCACCCCACCUAUAAGGGAAGAGGAGAAGCGCUAGCUCUGUGAGCACUCCCUACUCACCUUGAGGCCAACCCAGAACGUGGGACUUUCCAAGGCAGGUCAGGGCAACCCCAUUCGGUUGGAUUUAACCACCUGACCUUCCGUGAGGUGCAGACAGGUGGAUUUCCAUCCACCUCCUCAAAUCUAAACUGCCCCAUAAUUCAGGAGGAGUUUAUCUGCUGGGAGAGGGCAUGUAACAGGAGGGUAAGAGACAUGCCCUGACCUUAAGACAUGCUUGGCCCCUGCCCCUUCUCACUUUCCAGAUUGGGACUCCACAACUUGAGUGUUGAGCUCAGAGUUACCACGUGUGCAGUGCAGCCGGAUCCCAUUCAGAGCUGUGUCAUCACCGAGAAUGCCUUGAUGGGGCUCUACCUGGGUAGUAAGGAUGAGUCAGGGGACUGCCAUCCUUGGCUCCAUGGCCCCAUGCCAUAUCCACCCCCUCCAAACCCUAGAGCUCUCACCUUAAGUGAGAACCCGCUGGCAAAGUAUCCAUCAGGACACAUCUCAGGCAGGGCCCAGUCGCCCCAGGGACCCCCGUUGGUCACUUCAAUGACAGGGUAGCCGAUCAGCCCAUCUGCCAGCGCAUAUUUGCAGUACACGGCCCACAACAGCAUCAGCAGCUUGGUUCCCACACUCAGUUCCAUCCUGCAGAGUCUGUGAAUCAGGCCUCUUAACUCAGGUUUAUAUCAGUCCAGUCCCUAUCAGCCCCAAUCUAGGCUCCAAUUGCGGAAGGGCCUCCAGGAUUAAGUGACAUUCAAAACUAAUCUGUUCCCGGAACUCCACAGACUUCAGGAAGGCAGAGUCCCAAAGCUAAGAAAGGAGGGGCAGUGACAGUGGGCAAGUUGAGAUAAUAACCACAUACUAAAGGCUUACUAUAGGACACAAAUUGUAGCUAAUGCUUUGCAGACAUAUUUUAUUUAAUCCUCACAAUUUUAGGAAAUCUGAAUUACCUUUCCUAUAUGGCUGAUGAAGGAACUAAGGCCCAGAAAUGACAAAUGACUUGAAGUCAAACCAGCAAGCAGGGAACCAUUCCAACACUGGGAACAAAGACCAGGACUAGGCCUCAGAGACAGGAUUGGCCAGGGGUAACCUAGGGAGCUCCAGGACGUGAGGAGCAUAGAGUGAGCAUAUGGCAAGAAUUCAUGAACUGCUGGAAUUGGGAUGGAUCUUCUUAGAGACUGGAGUGCUGACCCUUUGAGAAUCCAGAGUACCAGAUAUACCCAACUCUAAGAUGUUUAUGGAUAAGGCUCUAAGAACCCCCUAAGAACAAAACAGGCUGUUUCUUCCAUCACUUCCUGUAUCCAAGCUUUCUUUUUGGUACCGGGGAUUGAACCCAGGUGCGCUUAACCACUGAGCCACAUCCCCAGCCCUCUUUUCUUUUACAUUUUAUUUAGAGACAGGAUCUCGCUGAGUUGCUUAGGGCCUUGCUAAAUUGCUCAGGCUGACCUUGAAAUGGUGAUCCUACAGCUUUGGCCUCCAGAGCUGCUGCACCAUAUGCCCCCACUAUAUCCUUACUUUCUUUCCACCGGGUGGACUUCUAAUUUACAAAACAAAAAGCAAACAAAACCUGUCUAGAUCUGUUAGAGGGCUCCACCCCUGAUUUGCCUACCCUUCAUACACACAGCUUUGCUUAUUCAAUUCCUAUUUGUUUAGUAAUAAUGAGUUUUGGCCUGUAAGCAUCCAAGAAAAACAAGGCCCCUGUCUUCUUCAGAACUCCAGUGGGGAAAACAAAUAGAAAAUUCUCCCUCAAUGGAUGUUUAGCUCUGGGAGAACACUUUUAUAUUCUGGAGGCCUAGUAGGGCCUGGCAUGUGGAAGUAGUUAAUGAAGAUAAUUUUUAUAAAUGACUGUGGAAUCAAUCUGGAGUUUAAAAAGUUAAACCAAAAGAAUGUAAAAGGAUAAAACCUAAAGUACAUAAUUGAAAGGUCACGUACCUAGAUCAUGACAAGGUUCUCUGGGAAUAGAAUGGAAAAUUUAGAAGUGGGUGGUCGCUGGAUCCCAAAGACCUCCCCUGCCCCACUGAACUUGGGAAGAUUUGUAGGGCAAUUGUGGUCAGCUUUCCCAUUUACAACAUUUUCACAAACAUUAUCAUUUAAUCCUCACAUGAGGCUUGCAAGUACCUAUUAUUAUCCUCAAUUUAUAGUGGAGGGAAUCCAAGUCCAGAGUUAACUUACAGUCCACAGUAGGGGAACUGGUUCUUACCCUAGCCUCUCUCCCCAGUAAUACCUAGGCUGCCUCUUACUAUAAGCUGGCCCUACAGGAAAAGGAAAUGUAGAGAUGUGUCAUUGUUGCCAAUUCCCCGCAAAUCUUCAUUCAGUCCCUCACCCUAGGGUAGCUGCCCUUUGGGGCAAAGUAUACAGGGGAAGGGGUCUUAAAAGGUUAAUAAUUAAUUUAAUAAUAAAUUAAUUUGCAUCUCAGGUCACUGCCCACAUCUUUUCCCUCCUGGAGGCCUAUGAGGACACUGGCUAGGGGCUAGUGAGGGGGCAGUGGUCUCAGCAGCAGCCAUGGCGGGUCUCACUGCCUCACCCUGCCCUGUGUUGCUGGUUCCACCAGGCAAUUCCUCUAUUUUUGUGUUAGUGCUUUUUCAUCUCAGUGCUCAGAUCCUUGGUGAAUGGCUUCUUUCCUUACCUGUUCAGGGAAAAAGUCAGGAGUCUAGGCCCUUAGAACCCAAGCUCCCUUCUCUGGACCUCACCGCUUAGUUUCCCCUCUUCCCAAGCAUCCUGUCAGACUGCAGGCCCUGGCAAAGUCCUGCAUUCCAGAAGGUCCACUGCCUUUCAAGUAUGCUCAAGACAGGGUAUGCUCAAGACCCCAGGGCUGAGUCUGAGAGUCCCAGAUAGAACCCUGAACAGGGGGAAAGGGAGCUAGGCUAAGGGUCUGGUGAAGGAUGAGUCCUCUUCCUCAUGUCUCUCCCAUCAUGAAGCUGAGAGUAUAGCAGAAAAGGACCAAAGCUAGACCUUAGGGACAAUCUGUUCAGAGCCUAAUCCAGCUACUUGUUAAGUAGAUCCAGCAAGAGCCAGACUCUCUGAUGGUACCCAAAGAGAAGAGCUUUGCUGUCCCGGGCCUCAGGGAGUGCUGGGCUGCAUGAUAAGGCCCUUUAUUGCCAGUCUGAAAUUGGAAAGGGGAUGUGGAAUUGUCAGGAUGGAAGGAACUAGUCAGGUGAGUGAUCUCUCUCCUACAAGCCAGUCCUCACCUCCUUGUUUCCCUCGCCCUCUCAAAUCAUCUCCCCCAUCCCACCACCAAGCACACAGGUUCCUAACUCCCCUUGGCUCCACCUUCGCCUUCACCACAAGCAAGGUCUUCACCAAGGUGACAGCACUGGAGAUUCGCGUGCAUGGCCCAGAUUCCACCCAUUACACAUCACUGACAACCAUGGCGGUCUGGGAGAAGCAGGCAGGAAUGCAGGAGCUGCCAGAUAGGGUCCCCAGGGACUCGCUGGCCGGGUCUUUGGGCUCACGAAUGUUAUUGCUCUUGCCGCACCGCGCGCUGCGCUGGUCCCAGAUCUGCCUCCACCGGGUGGCGACAAGGAAGCUGAGAGGCCCGGACGCCGGCACGCAAUGCAGCGAAGCCUAUGCACAUUUCCUGACCCCAUAUCACCCCUGGCUCAUCCGUCACGCCACCCGCCUCGCUCUCCUCGCCUUCCCAACUCGCGGCCGCUUGCUGGAGCUGGCGUGCCCAGGAACCAGAGAGCGGACGCGCGGGAUACAACUACGGGCCGCUGGCACCCUGGAGAAUGUCUACAACCGCACCCAGGGACUGGUAGUCGGACUCCUCCCGUUGGCUUGAAGUCUGCAGUGGCGAGAGACUAGCCCAGAAGGGAGAACCCUGGGAAGGGAUCAGCGCAGCCCAGGAUCACGACCCCAAUACUGGCGGGAGACACCUGAGCUGGCAGCUUGGCUGCCCCACUCCCACAGUGACGUCGUCUGAGCCAAGUCCCGCCCCCAGCGGGGAUGAUUUUGAGCUUCUCGCUCUUUCUGUAGUCUCAGGAAAAUGGGAGGAACCGUGAGGAAUGAAGUAUUCUUUGGCAGCAGUCGACAUCGGGCAUUUUGUGUAAUGAUGGCAGGCACUUAAGGGAAACAGAGUAUGGGAAGAUGUGUCAUUCCUGUUCCCGGCAGCCGAAAGGAUCAAGCUUCUCCUGACCUAUUUCAACCACUCCUGUGGCUUCAGUUGCCAACUCCAUGCCACGUCUCCAGCCCAGACCUGUCUUCUGGGUUCUACUGACAAACAGCAACUCUUUCCUGAUGACAUCCACAGUCAGCUCAAACAACAUCUGCAAAACGGAUCCCAUCACCUUCCCCCUGAAAGUGCAUCUUGUCCAUUGUUCUGUCUCCUUGAAUGAACAGCACACUCUCCCUUCCACGACCUAACUUUGAAUCUAUCCUAUGUUUACCAAAUGAUUCUUUGGCCACUCCCAAAACAGUACUGAACAUGAAAAAGCCUGCCCUUUUCGUUCGCAAAUUCCCAAAUUAUACCUCCCAUACACUUU